AUGACUUCUUCUCCGCAUGCGUCGCAGUAUCCUGCACCACCAGACGGCCAGGACCCGCAUAAUUACACGCCCUUGUAUCCCAACGGGCAGGUUCUCGACGGUCAGGCACCGUCGACGCGCAUAGCCUACCCGCAAGAAGCCGCAUACCCGAAGCUCGAGAAUAUCAACGAGGUGCUCCAGGCCCAGCAGGCUCUCCAAGCGAACCAUGCCUUGAAUCCUCCGCUGCCGCAGCAGUCCAAGCCGAACCGCCUGCGCAAAGCUUGUGAUUCGUGCAGCAUUCGCAAAGUCAAGUGCGACGAAUCGGGCCCGCCGUGUAGAGCGUGCCUCGCGCUGGAGAUUCCGUGUACCUUUGAGCGCCCGAGCCGACGACGCGGACCGCCCAAUAGGCAUGCCGAAGCGAUCAAGAAGCGCAGGAUAGGCGACUUGGAUUCCGAGUCGUCGACGCCGCAGUCUCCUACCAAUGCCGCCCAUGCGCUGGCGCAACUGCAGUCGUCGCAUCCAGCCCAGCUCUCCGCCGAAGAGAUAUGCGCCCUGCCCACCCUGAACGCCCUCAUCGACGACUUCUUCACCUUCAUACAUCCGCUAUGUCCCUUUCCGCACGAGCCGUCGUUCCGCGAAGCAUGGGGGCAUAGGGAGGACCUGACGAAUCCCUCGUUCCUCGCCUUGCUGGCGUCCAUGAUCGCGGUCCUCGUCGCGUCCUUUCCUCGAAAACCACGUCUCCAUCUCAACACACAGACGCGACGCGAAUACCCAAAUCACCUCUCCCUCGUCGACAAGUGCCGGGACGUGUGCGCGCGGGCGCGAGGGCCUGGCUAUCUCGACCGGCCGUCUCUGAACGUGUACGACGCGUGUACCAGCUACUUCCUCGGCUUGACCGGAGCCUACGUAUUCCAAUGGCGGCAACUGCGACUGUACCUCGCCGAGUGCCUGACCAUCAUACGCUCCCUGGGGCUCCAUAAACCCGAGGCUCAGGGCUAUACCUAUCUUGGUGGCAUGCCGAGUGCGUGGGGCUCCAACGGACCGAACCAUGACGGCUCGAGAGAGUUCAAAGUAGACUACAUCACCGAGGAGAUUGGUCGGCGCGUCUUCUGGACGGUUUUUGUGGGUGUGCGGACUAUACAACAGCUCGGCGCUUCUUUCGGAGAGCUGAUGAUUGCGCCUGCGACACCUACCGAGCCUCUACCACCACUACCCCGAGAAGUCGACGAUGUACACAUCUUCCCAAAUGAGAUACAACCGCAGCGCGAAGGGGUCGUCUCCAUGCUCACUGGAUUCAACAUCAAUGUGCGUAUCUUCCUGUCAUACUCGUCGCUAGCAACGGCAGAGAUGGCAUUUGGGAUUGAUGAAAUAUUCGAUUGGGAUCGACAACAACAGAUCUUCGCACAAAGCCUGCAGCGCUGUAGGCAGAUUCUGGACAGCCUACCAGAGGUGCUCAAAGUCCGGCCAAAGUCCAGCAGCAAUAGUGGGCUCGAACAGCAGAAACCCUACUACCCGCCCAUGCCGGAAUACUCUGGCAUGCGAGACCCCGCCAUGGACAACCAUCACAAACCGGAAGCGCACGAGUUGCGACGCUACGAGAUCCAGAAAGCGAACAUCUACGCCAGCCAUCUGUCCACUCGCUCGCACCUCGUGGAAAAGUACUUCCUUCAACUGGAUAAGUAUCAGCGGUCGAAGGGCCAAGCUGGUGCGCAAAACACGUCCAACGUCCUCGCUGCAGGAAUCGACAGGUUUGUAUCCGGCACAACAACCGACGCCGACGCGCUCGAAAAGGCAAUGUCAGAAGAGCGCGAACAAGUAGUCAAAGACCUCCUCGUGGUCCUGGGCAGCAUCGACAUGGUCAACAUGGAGCCUAACGGCGACUCCUUUGUAAGUCUCUACGUUUACUUGCAAAACUCAGAUUUCCUCUACCCCGUCCAUGAGAUUGACGACUACGUCAUCUCCAUGUCGACACGUGAUUUCUUUCGCCCAAACACCAUCAGCCCGAUCGCAAGCUUACGGUUCAUGUCGACACAGACGCAGAAGAUUCGCUCGAUUGCUAGUACCCUGCUUGAGGUGCCGAAGGAGAGACGGGGGAGUGUGGCGUUGCAGCAUCAGGAUUACCUUUACAAGUUUCUUGAUAUUUUGAGUAAGUUGGAGAGGGUGAGUCCCGAGGCGAGUGAUCCGAGUGGCGCGCUGGAUGAGGAGAGUGAAUUGAGGCUUUGGGCGGAUUUGAGGGAUCAUCAGUUGAGGUUUCAGGAGCAGGGGGGUGUUUAUGGGUUUUCGUGA